CAGCCGGUUGCAGUGUUGCCUGUUGCUGAAGGGCCACCCGCUCCUCCGCGGUAGCGCCCGGGGUCCGAGGCGCACAGUAGCCGGGCCAUGCAGCUGGGGGUGCCGCAGGCCCUGGGGCUGGCCGUGCUGCUGGCGGGGCUCCGGGGCGAGAAGGGUCGCCUGCUGAGCGGCCAGCCGGUCUGUCGGGGAGGAACACAGAGACCUUGUUAUAAAGUCCUUUACUUCCAUGAUGCUUCCCGAAGACUGAACUUUGAGGAAGCCAGAGCAGCCUGCCGGAGAGAUGGGGGCCAGCUAGUCAGCAUUGAGUCUGAAGAUGAACAGAGGCUGAUAGAGAAGUUCAUUGAAAACCUCCUGGCAUCUGAUGGCGAUUUCUGGAUUGGGCUCCGGAGGCGUGAGGAGAAGCAAAGCAACAGCACAGCCUGCCAGGACCUUUACACUUGGAUGGAUGGCAGCAUAUCAACAUUCAGGAACUGGUAUGUGGAUGAGCCUUCCUGUGGCAGCGAGGUCUGCGUGGUCAUGUACCAUCAGCCAUCUGCACCCACCGGCAUUGGGGGCCCCUAUAUGUUCCAGUGGAAUGACGACCGAUGCAACAUGAAGAACAAUUUCAUUUGCAAAUACUCUGAUGGUGAAAGGACAAAGCCAGCCACACCCAUACUUCCAGAAAACACAGAGAAGGAAGAUGUCAAGGAAACAUUUAAAGAAAACAAAGAAGCUGCCUGGAACCUUGCCUACCUCCUAGUCCCCGGCAUCCCCCUCCUCCUCCUCCUGCUGGUCACCACAGUUGUCUGCUGGGUUUGGAUCUGGAGGAGGAGGACGCGGGAGCAGCCAGGCCCCAGCCCAAAGGAGCCUCACACCCUCUGGCCCUCGCCUGGCCACGCGAACAGCCCAGACCUGGAGGUUUACAAGGUCAUCCGGAAACAAAGCCAAGCUGAUUUAGCCGAGACCCGGCCAGACCUGAAGAACAUUUCAUUCCGAGGGUGCUCAGGAGAAGCCACUCCCGAUGCCAUGUCCUGCGACUCUGAUGACAGGGCUGUGAACCCAUCUGAGAGCGGGUUCGUCACUCUGGCCAGCAUAGAGAGUGGCUUUGUGACCAAUGACAUUUACGAGUUCUCUCCAGACCACCGGCUGGGGAGGAGCAAGGAGUGUGGCUGGGUGGAAAAUGAAAUAUACGGUUAUUAGCACCUGGAAAAGACAUGAAAACUGACAAGAAUGGGAAAGAAAGGAAAAGCUACAGUCUCCUGUUCUCUAUAAGGAAAACACUCAGAAGCCUAUGGAAGUGCUCGUCCCAGGCCUGGGGUGAGCAUGUGGCCCCAUCGCCCGCUAUGGCAUCCGUAUCCCAGCCUUUCACCAGCUCUGUCUGGUGAGAAAGCAGCUUGCCCAGGGCUGGCGCAGAGUAGGAAAUCCAUGGCAGUUGAUGGCUUGUAGCAGACCAGCCAGGGACAGCGCUCUCCUGGGCAGGGCCCCGGUGUGGCUGCGGGACUGGGGACACCCAUCUCCAGGACACCCAUCCUCAGGUCACUUUCCUUCCUCUAGACAACAGCCCCUGUGAUCACAACAGGACGGAAAUGACAGAUGAUUUCAAAGCCUCGUGUGCUGGCCUGGGCUGGCCUGUGCACCAGCCAUUCUUGUAUCUGUUUUUUUCAGACUCAAAUCCAAUAAAAAGCAGGAAGCCGAAUGUUAGUCAGCCUGUGCCUCCUGCCCUUCCUCUGCAUGUGGCCUCGCAGGACCUUUUUUCUUUCUCCUGACAUCCAAACUCGGGAAUAUUUUGGAAACUGAAAAUGAAAUUUGAACGUCGGCUUCUUGGCUUCCUUGGGUCCCGAGCCCCAUACUGCACGUUGUUCUUUCUGUGUGAUUGUUUUAGAGCAUAGUCGACUUUAGGUUACUGGUCCUGACGAUGAUUCUUCCCUUUUGUUUUAGGAACCUGACAGUAUUUUUGGGCUCAAAUCCAGAGAAAGGUUUUGUGGCCUAACAUCCGGUAGGAAGUCUGAAGGCCAUUAAUUAAGUCACCAGCAACCUCCCUCUCUCUGUUUAAUGAUCUUCGUAUUGUAACCAUCCCUCAUCCAUAUUAUUUCUGAAGAGUUUGUAACUUUGCCUCCCACAUGGAGCCCCACACUAGAUAAAGUUAACUAGUCUGGGUUGGAGCCCUAUCGAAUGCACCUAUCAAAUGCAGUGGAUUGUAACCACAGCUCAAUGGCCUGUCCUUCUGGCAUAGGGAGCAGGGGAACACAAAAACAUCAUUUACGUCUGCUUCAGGGAAGUGUAUUUUGUGGAGUCACAACAUUUCAAGCAAAAACAGUGACCACGUGGUCUGAAGGACUAAUUCGUUGCUCUCAAAUAUUGAAGUCCCCAUUUUGCUUCACACAUCUUGCCUCUGUGAUCUGUACCUUUAUCCCCCUCAGUGUCCUGGACUCUGGUCCACUAUUAGGUUGCAAAUUCCCUGAGGGUAGAGAUCCUAUCUGCUCUGUCAGCAUUGUCUCUCCUACAGCCAGGGCAGCACCUUUCACAGAGCAGACAAUCAAUUCUUGUUGAGUGGAUGAACAAUUCAUCUUUCAGACUGAUGUAAAAUAGCCUGCAUAUUUCAAAAGUUUGUAGGACCUGUUUCUCAUACUCCACCUGCUGGGGAGGUAAUUGAUUGCUAUUUUAGUUGGAAAAGCACUACCACUGCCUAGGAAGAAGAAGAGUAGUAACAAGGAAAGGAAGCUGGUGAAUUGUGGUAAUGACUUGCUUUAAUUAUGCCACUAAAACUUGGAAAAGACCCAUUCUUAAAGGUUAUAAUCUGAGUGACUCCUACAGCAUCUUCUCUUUACCAUUCCUGUGUUAUCUGCACAGAUUUCUCCCUUCUGGGUUUUAAUGCAGCCAGUCUUACCUACCCUGCAUUUCAAUUACUCCAUUCCUUUUCCUCCUCAGAUUUACUAGCCUGAAUUUAUCCAACUCCAUUUCUACCUCUGACAAUUACACUUCACUAAUCUAACAAAUGUUUAUUAAGUGUUUAUGUUCAAAUUGGACAUUGAGUUUAUCUAGGUAUUGUUUAAAAAUGUAGUAAACUGCCUGGUCACUGUGGCUCAGUGCUUGAGAGUGGACUCAUGCACCAAGAGGUCGCCAGUUUGACUCCCAGUCAGGGCACAUGCCCAAGUCUUGGGAUUGAUCCCCGGUGGGGGCCAUGCAGGAGGCAGCCAAUCCAUGAUUCACUUUCAUCGAUGUUUCUCUCUCCCUUUCUUUCUCUCUAAAAAUCAAUAAA